AUGGGACACAAUAAAAGUUUUCUUUUAUAUGCCAACUCAAGUGAACAACUUGAUCGUUUAACGGAUAAAAAUAUUUGGCCUAAACAAAUAUGUUCUCUUGAUUUUUCUCUAGAUUUACCAUCUAAAGUUUCCUCUUCUUAUUCUAUUGUAGCAUUAGGUGUUCCUGCUCAAUGGAAUUUAACUGUAUUCGAAUCAGAUAUCAAAAAGCAAUAUCCGACAAUUAUCAAAGUUGAACGGCUUUAUAUUAAAGGUGGUAUACCAAUUUCGAAAGUACGAAUUGAUUUUUCAUCCAAUCAAGAAGUUAACAAAAUUAUCAAGAACAAAAGCUUAUUAUUAGAUGAUGAUAAUAUAUCAUUCAUGAUCCAACCGUAUUCACCACCACUUCGAAUAUUACGAUGCUUUAAUUGUCAACAAUACAAUGAUCAUAUUGCGGCAAAUUGUCCACACAAGGACAAUCCUACUUGCUUUCGUUGUGGUCAAAAUCAUCCAUACAAUCCAAAGUUUACAUGUUAUUCUCCACCUACUGAACCCAUUCCUCUUGAUAUAUUUGAUCGUUUACUUCAACGUAAUCCAAAUUCAAUCUUUAUCGGGGAUUUUAACGCUAAACACAAUUCAUGGUCAAGAUCUGCAGAUAACCAAAAGGGUCGAGCUUUAUUCAGCUGGCUAUCUUCAUCACCAAUACAUUCAUCUCUAGAAAUUAUUAACAAAUACAUACCUACUUCAACUCGUUCAAAUGCAACAAUUGAUUUAAUCAUUGCACCAUCGCAUAUGUCGUCUACUUCCUUCUCGGUUCUUCCAAGUAUUGGAAAUGAUCAUCAUCCCGUUCUAUGGCAUCCGUCAUUUAAAAUAUCCUCCACUCAUCACCGUUUUCCUAUCAAGUGCACCCGUUGGAAUCUUCUCAAAAUUUUUCUUAUAUUUACAGCAACGUAUUGGCAAUCGUUAGCUGCUUCUAUGUCAUAUUCAGCAGCUUUCUUCUUAUUAUAUGAACGUUUUCUCUCGUUAUGCACAUCACGUCUUACUUUCAUCACCUUCCGAAAAACAGUUAAACCGUCUUUACCUCAACAUAUUAUCUAUAUGAUUAAACAAAAACGUCAAUAUCUCAAAUUAUUUCGUCAAACACGUCAUCCUCAUUUUGCUGUUGUUUUACGUGAUAUGUCUAAAAUGAAACAAGACCAAUCUCUCUACUGCCGUGCUUCUCAAAAUUGUUCGAAAAAUAAAUGCUUUCUGAUACAUUUUCGUCAAUGGAUUAACGAACAAGGUAUUCUCCCAGCUGAACAAAGUGGCUUUCGUCCCGAUCAUAACAUGGCUGUGCCUUUAGUUGCUAUUAUAGAUCAAAUAUGGCAGUGUUUAUCAAAAAAUACAGCAGCUGCUGCACUUUUUGUUGAUUUUCGCACUGCGUUUAACCAACUGUGGUUCAACGGACUAUGGGUGAAACUAACCAGUCUGCAACGUCCAUUAUAUUUAAUCGCUUGGCUUCGUCAUUAUUUAAGACACAAAAAAGCCUAUAUCGAUAUUAAAAACACAUCAUCUGCCUUGUUCAAUCUUUCCAAAGGGGCUCCACACGGCAGUUGUAUUGGUCCGGUGUUAUUCAUAGUAUAUCAUUAUGAUAUUCUUCAAGCAUUAUCAACUGUCCAUUGGAAACAUUUAUUUGCCGACGAUCUUGCCAUCUUAGUCUCACCAUCGCCAUCAAUGUCUUCAUCAAAUAUGAUAAAUGCAUUAGCUAAUUAA